AUGAAAAACCAUACCUUACUAGUCGAAAUUGGAGGCUGGAAUCGCCGGAAAAUGGAGGAGGAAAACCAGCGAAACUUCUCGUCAUUCAACCAUCAAUCCUCUGGCUUUCGAAGAGGGGAAAUGGGUGGAAUAGAAAGAGGGUGUCGAGCUGAAACUUUUGGUACUAAUUUCGUGGCCUGA